AUGCUUCAAAACUGCACGUUGGAUUACGAGAAUCUCCAAUCAAUCGCGGAAUAUUCGAACCUUGAGCAAUUUGCCGAAUAUUUUUAUUAUUCUUACCAGCUCUUCGGAAUUUUUAAUUUCUUUGUGAACGUUUAUUUUAUCAUAAGAGUCGCUGCCACCACAGCAAUCCAUGUCAACUUCAGAAUCAAUGUGGUAAGUAUAUUUUUGCGCUUUCUGCUUACUUAAAAAUAUGAAAAUUUCAGUGUAGCACCGCUUUAUCUUACGAAUUAAUGCACUUUACCAUGCCAAUUGGUCGGAUGUAUUACCAAGCCACCAAAGAUGUGAAGGAUCGCUUCUUUGUUAAUGUAAAAUGCUCAAUGAUUGCGUGGAUUAGUAAUUGUGCAGCAAUUUCCUGUGCAGUCAGCAUGUUUAUGUUGGCUUUGGAGCGACAGAUUGCCUACGUUUGGGUCAAUGUGUACGAGCACAAACCAAAAACAUUGGGAUGUAUGCUGGUUACCGUUGUGGUAGGUGAGAACCGUGUCCUCGAGGCCGUAUCUUUUUGAAAAUGAUUGUAUAAAUUGAUAUGUGGCCUACUUAUAAAAUGUAGCCAACUUAUGGUUAGAAUUGUGCUAACUUCGAGGUCGAAGCCCCAUAAAAACCCCUUGCUUUCCAGAUAAUUCAAAGCCUGUUGGUUGGAACAAUCUGUUGGUACGUUUUCUCGAUCAACUUCGAUAAUUUUGACUUCGAAAACUCAUGUACUGGUUGUGUAACAACCGACUUGCAUUGGGAAUGGGAAUUUCUCGGAUAUGCAUUUGCUGCCGUUACUUGUAUUUGUGGAGCCAUCGUAAGUCAAAAUGACUCUAAAAAAUCUACACAUUUUGCUAUUUAGUGGCUCUUCUUCCUCAAGCGCCGAACCAGUCGGAAUCACCUGAACCGACUGACUCUAGAGAGCCUUAGUGCUCGAUAUCAAGCCACAGAGAACUCGUUGACAACCUCCUCCAUAUCAAUGUCCAUGUUUCUCUACACAAUUCAAGCCCUGAUUGGAGCUGCAUUGGGCGGCUAUCGUGGAAGUAUUGUAAAGAAAUAUGGAGAAAAUACAAUCAUAUCAAAAUUUUUGGCGCAAGUAGGUUAA